AUGUCUCUGGGUAUGCUGGCGGUGUGCUCGCUGGUAUGCAUGUCAACUCUUGUGAACGCUUAUCCAUCCAAACCCGCCAGUCCAGAAGAAGGUGCGCCUACCGAGGAUCUCGCCAAGUAUUACUCUGCACUCAGACACUACAUCAACAAAAUCACUCGACAGCGGUGAGUUCUUCUUUUGGUGAUGGGAAGGUACAGCAUAUGAUGACGAUUAUUAUUUUGGGUAAACAAUUACAUUCAUACAUUUCACAAGAUGUGCAUUUGAUCCCAGAAGAUAACAUUUGGAAAAACACAUUUCCAAAGUGGUUCUGAUAAUGUUUCUCUUUUGUUACUCACCUUUCACAAAUUAUCUGUAUUUCAUAAGGUUUAACAUUGAAUGAAAUAAACGGUUGCAAUAUAAAAAAAUAUAUAUUUACCCCGCUCUCUCAGGUAUGGGAAAAGAUCCAGCCCUGAUACAGUGUUCUCUGACCUGUUACAGAGGGAGAGCACAGGGAGCAUCCCACGAACAAGCCAAGGAUACCGAUAUACCUCUCCUCAGUAUGAUCAGCUUUAG